UAACCCAACUCCCACUCCUUUCUCCCAACCAUUUGUCUUCUUCAUAUCCAACACUUCCACCACUCUCUCUCUCUCUCUCUCCUCCUUCCUCUUUAUAACUCUUAUCACUUCCCUUCCCUCCCCCUUCAACCCCAACUUCUUCUCUCAUCAACUCAACACUCACACCAUGUCUACCCGGAGAUCAAGGCAGCCGGGCGCUUCCCGAAUCUCCGACGACCAAAUCAUCGAACUCAUUUCCAAGCUUCGACACCUCGUCCCCGAGAUUCGCCAUCGUCGCUCCGACAAGGUUUCAGCCUCAAAAGUCCUCCAAGAGACCUGCAAUUACAUUAGAAACUUACACAGGGAGGUGGAUGACCUAAGUGAAAGGCUCUCUCAGCUCUUGUCUACAAUAGAUGCUGAUAGUGCCGAGGCAGCCAUAAUUAGGAGCUUAAUUAUGCAAUAGGGAAACAACAAGAACCAGAACAAGAACCAGGCCGUUGGGUUUGGUAAUGCUAUAUAUAUAUA